CGGCCGUCUGGAACGCUCUCCUCUUCCUUCCGAUAUUCGGAAGCCCACUGGGAGCUGUGCACUCUGAAAUCGUCGUCGAGAUUGACAAACUCGUUUCAGUGAGAGCUACUUGUCGUGUACCCCUUUCUCCCAACGCCCCUCCGAUUAGCACGGCCGGCUACGUAUGGUGCGAAAGAAGUUAAAAUGGGCAGUGCACGUAACGUCGUACAGUGCCGCUGCAUCAAUCGCUGGCACUUGCAUGAGGAAGUGGCAGCGAGCGCGGCUGUUCGUCCAAGUUUCACUUUCCAGUCGUGAGGCUUUUACAACAACAAGAAAGCAGCGUCGAAGAGUGGAGGAGCGCCAUGCAGGCCGGUGUGCGUGUGGUGCGGGGCCCCGGCUGGAGCUGGCCGCAGCAGGAUGGAGGAGAGGGAGGCCUGGGGACGCUGGUGGCCGAAGGCAACUGGGGCACAGAGCGCAGCUGUGGCGCCGUUGUGCAGUGGGAUUGCGGUGGCCGCUACAAGUACAGGCUUGGGGUUAACGGGCACUACGACCUACGUCUGUAUGACAACGCACAGACAGGCACUCAGCACCUCGGGGUGAUAUGCGAUGGCUGCGGAGAAAAGUGGAUCUGGGGCAUCCGCUGGAAGUGCAGGGGGUGCCCCGACUUUGACUUGUGCACGUCGUGCUACAUGGGUGACAAGCACAGCUUGAGCCACGCCUUCAACCGCAUCACCUCACCAGGCUCGCCAAGUGUGCAGGUGCCAGUGCGGUAUAUGGCCAGGAAGGUGCCUCUGAAGGGCAUCUUCCCAGAGGCUGUGGUCAUACGAGGGCCUGACUGGAAGUGGGGCAACCAGGACGGCGGAGAAGGCGGAAAGGGCCUGGUGUUGACCAUUAAAGGUUGGGAUAGCACCAGUCAGAGGAACGCCGCCCAAGUUCGCUGGAGAGGCGAGAUCAACUCGUACCGACUGGGCGCUUCUGGAAAAAUGGACCUGCAGCUUGCGAGCCCAACUUCCAGUGGACGCCACUACUACCCAGACCACUUGUCCUGCCUAGGUGAGGUGGACAUCAUUGAGCAGGGCUUCUGUCUGGGCGACACCGUGAGGUGCGGAGUGGACGGACAGACUCUCAUGGUACUGCAGCAGGACCAUGGUGGAUUCUCAGUCGCAAUGGCAUUGAUUGCAGCACGUCCUGGAAAAGUGGCUGGUUUGAUUGACAAUGGUGAUGUGUUGGUGGUGUACAGCAAUGGUGGAAAGUAUAUUUACAACCCCAAGUGUCUCAUCAAGGUGUAUUCUGUGGGUGACACAGUUCGAAUCGGCAAUAAUAAGGCGGAGGUGAAGCGGCUGCAGUUGGGCCAUGGGGGAUGGGCAGAUCCCAUGACCAAGACGCUGGGUCGGGUGGGCCGGGUGGUAAAGGUGCUUCCGAGUGGUGACCUUCGCGUGGCUCUGGGAGGCCACAUUUGGAAUUUUAACCCGGCCUGCGUCAGCACUGCCGACCCGAAGUCGCUUGAUCUGGCCGAGACGUCCGAGGACAGCGCCGCGGAUCCACUGGCGGGGCUGCUGAUGAAAUUGCUACUGAGUCAUAUAAUUGAAGGGGACGACGACGAUGAUGAUGACGAUGACAAAGAGGAGCAAGAGGAUGCUGCAGCGAGGAGUGCAGCCCGGCAUAGUCAGCCCAGCGUGGCGGCAAAGGAGUUGAAGCCAGAACAGCUCAUCUCUGAAGCUGCCCAGGGAAAUGUGGGAAAUGUGCAGAAGCUCGUGCAGCUAUUCCCUGGACAGAUCAACGCGCAACAGGAGGGACGCACUGCCCUGCACGUGGCCGCUCACCAGGGACACAUCGACGUGGCGCGGGCCCUGCUCAAAGCGGGGGCCUCUACUGAGAUUGGCGACGACAAGGGCAACACGGCCCUGCACUACGCGGCACACGGGAAUGAAGCAGCCAUGGCAGGGCUGCUGGUGUCGCACAGAGCGCGUGUGAACAGCCGCAACCACGCGGGCCGCACGGCGCUACACCUGGCGGCCCGCAAGGGCUACGGGGAGGUGGCGCGCACCCUGUGCGAGCACGCCUGCGAUGUCAACACCCAGGAUUCUACAAAAAAUUCCCCGAUCCACGAUGCCAUAGCUGAGAACUACGAGGAGGUGAUUGAGGCUCUCACCUCUGUGAAGACACUCGACCUGGAGCGGCAGAAUGAAAGUGGAUUCACACCUCUGCAACUCGCCGCUUUCAAGGGAAGCAAACUGGCAGUACAGCGGAUCCUGGCCAAAUCUCCAAAGCUGGUGGACGAGCAGAAGAGUGAUGGGUUUGCUCCGCUACACCUGGCAGCCUACAAUGGUCGCCUUGACGUCGUCCACAUCCUGAUCAAGCAGGGCCGCUCUGCUGUGAACGCGAGGACGUGCGGGGGCCAGACGGCCCUCAUGCUGGCGGCGGGCCGCGGCCACGUGGACGUUGUGUUCCUGCUCGUGCGCGAGGCCUGCAAGCUGGACGUUGAGGACGAGGGGGGCAACACGGCACUGCACCUCGUGCUCAAGGAGGCCGACCUCUUCUCCACAGAUUGCCACCUCCUCCAGGACGAUAGCACCAUCGUGCAGAUCCUGCGCGACUCUGGCCUGUUCGGUGCCGGGAGCAUCUACGCUGGAGAAGCUCUUGCUUGCUUCCUGGUGAAGGAGGGCGCAAACCUCCGCCAGACCAAUGCCCGGGGCAAGGCACCCUUUGACUACAUCCUGAAACCCGAGCUGAGAAAAACCCUCACAAAGUUGGAAAAAGCCUACAAUGGGGACGAAGAGGCUGAAGAAGAAAUUCCAAAAGCCAAAAGCCAACCUGUAAGAGAUGUCAAGGCCAAGGAGGACAGUGACAGCACAGAUGAAGAUGAUCACUCAACCAUCAGAAAAAACAGGAGAUAUUCUUCUUCUUCAUCAUCAUCUUCGUCAGAAGAGGACUUGAACUCCGAGCGGCUGGGUGCAGGCAAAGGCAAGUCGCAGGGUCUCCCGACAUCAGAAAUGCUCCCCACUCACUGGGACCACAUGUCGGAUUACUUCAAGAUUGUGGAACUACACAACGGGUCCAGUGAAUUCAGGAAAGUGAGCCGCAUGUUCCUGAAGACGAUGGAAAUAAAGAACGCUGUGAUUAAGCGCAUCAAGCGAGUGCAGAAUGAAGAGCUGUGGCUGUCCUUCAGCAGACGGAGACAGUUCAUGGAGCGACGCUCCAGUGGGGAAGCGGUGAGGGAGAUGCUGCUCUUCCAUGGCACCAGCAAGGACAUGGUGGAGCCCAUCUGCCUCCAGAACUUUGACUGGCGCAUGGGUGGCACCCACGGCAACAAGUAUGGCAAAGGCUGCUACUUUGGCCGAGACGCUCGCCUCGCUCACCGCUACGCCAGCGCGGGCAAGGCCGGGGGCACUACGUGCCACAUGUUCGUGGUGAGCGUUCUGGUGGGGCGCUUCACUCGCGGAUACUCAUCCUACCUUCGCCCACCUUCACGGGACGACACCAAGACCAAUUUAUACGACAGCUGCGUCAACGACGUGAACGACCCCACCAUCUUUGUGAUUUUUGAAAGCAGCCAGGCCUACCCGGAGUACAUCAUCCAAUACCGUGCAGACUGAGUGGCGAGGGGGCCAACGAUGCUGCCAGGUACUUUGUCCAUCAAGUUUCCCUGUGAUGAUUCUAGACUCCAAAUGGCAUUGGAGGUUUUAAGCAGAACAUUUUGUUGUUAAACAUUAACUAUUGCUCAUUGACUUCAUACUUUCUCCAACUGUCCCAGAGACACACACUUAUGAUUUACAGUAGCUGCAUGUUCAGUAGUUUCCUUUUGGCGAUGAUUGCGGGGGCUGCUGUCCCCCGUCUCCUCCGUCGCAAUCGUACUACUACCCCCCGACUGCUCUGUCGGGUUCGGGCUACGGACCUCCAAUUUCUCGCCCCCCUGUACCCCCGACUUUGUUGCUGCCCGCGUAGGCAUGUUUCAAUUGGUGGGGCCGACGGCUUUACGUUUACGACUCGCCACGCGGGCUCAGUAGCGGGCGUGCUGCGGUGAGCGCGCUCGCGAAGCAAAACCCCGUCCCGUGUGCAAACGAAAGGGUACAGCGUGCCGACGCAGGACUCCGCGGUCGCACCGAGCGCCCACGCACGGGACUCGAGGUCGGGGGUCAGAAGUCAGGGGGCAUCCACCGUACGCGCGCCACUGAUUGGAGGGAAUCACUCCGCCACGAUUUAAAGGCCGUUUAAACAGCCACGCGUGUACACGAACACCAGACACUACACUCUUCUAUUCACUGUAAACAGCCGCGUAUGCACGCGAACACAAAGCACUCCACCCUCCUCUUCACACUCACAACGACCACACGACACAGUUUAUCCUCUACUGGCAGUUUUAUUCCCCGCGAAUAACCCGUUAAACUACGCGUGUUUAUGUGGGUCAGCAGACUCUAGCCUAUCCCUCGGGGAUCCUGGACUCAAUUUAUCCUGCCUGUCCCUCCGCUUUCUUCCCACUGAUUAAUUAGCCCACACUCACCUUACUCCCAAUCUGAUGCGCCGGAAGCUGUGGAAGGCGAUGCUGUGCGUAGACUCCGUGGAGAAUUGGGCCUGGCUGUAUGGAACUUCGUCACACGGACGACUCGAACGGCUGGCUCCAACACCCCGCUGCUCUCGAUGUCUUGAAGGACCCUCCCUACUGCCUGAAUCCCCCUCCUUGUAUCCUACCUACAACAAAGAAAUUCCGCUGUUUCGCCCCCUUGCCCUCCCGUCCAAUCAGGGGCUCGGAUUUUCCCGCCCUUUUGAUAUUCGGAUCCUAGCUCUGGUGACGUCACCACAGUGGUCCCCUCGACGUCCGCUUUCUGUUCUUCCCACUAUCCGCCCACUGACCCGUGUUGCGUGUGUGUGGUCCCCUCCGCGGUGGCUCAACAGCCCCUGCUGUGACCAUGCAAUUAUACUAUCAGGUCACGGCGCCGUGAUGCAUGUCAGCCUCGGGGGUAGGUCGCCCAAUUUCCCGGCCGCAGGAAACCAUGAAGCUUGAUUCCAUCAGGGGCUUCUGGACGAAAACCUGUCGGCCAGGUGACUCCCCCUCGGGCCCUAUGUGGGGUAUGUGUGUAUUCAUGCGGGGGGUGGCGAGGGGCGUGCAGCGUCAGCGUCGUCACUCUCCAGUGGCGGCGUCACGGCGGUGGGCACGGCCCCGACAGAGCGGCUCCGCUGCGGCGGCACCACAUGAUGACACACACUUAGAAUUCACGAUUUGAAGGUGCAGGGUUAAUUUUUAUACCUCCUAGUUUUACUACCCCCUGCACACCCAGGUGAAGCCAGGUCCGUCUUCCCUCCAACUCUCUCCUGCACCUUUCUCACCCCAUCCCCCACCAUAGGUUAUGCACACACAAAAAAACAACUCAACACGCUCGUCAAUAACACUGCCUUAAAAUAAAUAUAUUCUACAUCAUGGGACCUCCUUUGCCAGUACCAAAAUAUGA